UCAGCGCGCACACCACAGAGACCAUCUUCCCAAGAGAAUGCAGGGCGCAAGGAAGAAUUUAUCGAUGGCGAACGACGCAGCGGGGAUCAGCGGGCGGCCCCGUCUGACGCACCUUCGCACUCUCGGCCGUGGCGCGUCGGGCGCCGUCGUGUCGCUCUUCGCGGCCGGCGACAACGAGCUGCUCGCGGUGAAGUCCGCGGGCGCCGCCUCAGCGCAGGCGCAGCUGCGCCGGGAGGAGGGCAUCCUCGCCUCGCUCUGCUCCCCCUACGUGCUCCCCUGCCUCGGCUCCCGCGCCGCGGCCGGCGGCGGCGAGUACCAGCUCUUCCUCGAGUUCGCGCCGGGCGGGUCGCUGGCCGACGAGGUGGAGCGGAGCGGGGGCAGCCUCGAGGAGAGCGCCGUACGGUCCUACGCGGCGGAUGUCGCCAGGGGCCUCGCGUACCUCCACGGCGCGUCCAUGGUGCACGGCGACGUCAAGGGGAGGAAUGUGGUGAUCGGGGCCGACGGCUGGGCCAAGCUCGCGGACUUUGGGUGCGCGAGGAGCGUCGAUUCAGCGGGCCCUAUCGGGGGUACUCCGGCUUUCAUGGCGCCAGAGGUGGUGCGCGGGGAGGAGCAGGGCCCGGCCGCCGACGUGUGGGCGCUGGGAUGCACCGUCAUCGAGAUGGCCACCGGUCACGCUCCCUGGAGCGGCGUGGACAGCGUGUUCGCCGCGGUGCACCUGAUCGGGUACACAGACGCCGUGCCGGAGGCGCCCAAGCGGAUGUCGGCCGAGGGAAAGGAUUUCCUGGACAAGUGCCUCAGGCGGCGCGCCGAUGAGCGGUGGACGGCGGAGCAGCUGCUGGAACACCCGUUCCUUGCAUCCGCCGGCUGCGGCGGCGACGUCGAGGCCAAGUGGGUCUCUCCCAAGAGCACGUUGGACGCCGCAAUGUGGGAGUCUGACGCCGACGAGGACGACGACAUUGUGCCCGAUUACACGGCCGAUCAGAGGAUGAAGGCGCUCGCAGAAUCCUACUCGGUCUUGCCGGACUGGGAGUCGGACGACGGCUGGAUCAAUGUAUUGAGUGUCCAAUCUGGACUACCCAACGGCGCGGCGGCUGAAACGCCGGCCGUGUGGUCCAGCAAUGAAUCUUCGCCGACGGUCGCACUGGCCGGGGAGUCGACGUCCGACGGAUGUUGUUGGGAUGAUGAAGGAUUAGAAGAAGAGAUAGGAGUAGAAGACGGUCUAGUCACUGGUGCUGCUGUGCCGGUGGCCGCGGCGCCGUCGGUGGAGGCGGCGUGCGAUUACGACACAUGCUCUUGGGACGAAGGAUUAUUGCUAGUAGAAGCAGCAGAAAUGGGCGCCGAAGCUUUGGACGCCGGCGCGGGCGUCGGCGACGAGCUGGCCUUGCAGAAUGUAGGAGUAGCCGAUAACCAAGAUUCAGUGAAUCAGCAGCUGGUAGAUGUAUAUUGGGAUCCCAUUAGCGAUCCGACUGUAGUUGCUGAUAGUGAAUCAAUGCCAGAUUUCCUCUACCUCUAUUUUUCCUCCACCUUGCUCUUGCGCUUUUACUUCAAAGUCCAAACAGAAACCACGAAUCUGAACAUUUCGUCUGAGAAUCACAUGAACUCGACACGAUCAGCGACGCGUCUGGCCACCGAUGCAGCACUGGUGGCGGUUGUGGCGGCGGAUGCGCCGGCGGCGGGGGCGGAAGCGCCGGAGGCGGAUGCGGAUUCGCCGGCGUUGGAGGACGUGGCGGAUGCGGAUGCGCCGGCGUCGCAGGCUUCGGCGGAUGCGGAUGCAGUGGAGGACGCGGAUCUGGCGGCGGCGGUCCCGGCUUCGAAGGCUCCAGCGGCGGCGGAUCCGGCGGUGACGCUGGCCGCGCAUGGAAUUCCCUCCCCACCCCUUUCCCAUUUACUUCCGUCACUGUCACAGGAACCAUACUCAUGCAAGACAUGGAUAUGGGUUGAUCUCGUGGCCGAUUUCGUCGAGAAGAUGGUCAAGUUCAGAACAAGAUUUCUUCAGGCAGAACACGGACGGGAGCUGGCGGCCGUUCAGGAAGAGCUUCACCAGGCUAUCAGCAGAAGGGAGACAGAGAUGAGGGAUCAAGUUCUAGCCCGACAGCUAGAGACUAGUGAGUUGCAGUCCCAGAUUUUGGGUCUGCAGUACCAGAUCAAAUUACUUAGCUCGUCUGCAUCAAACUUCAGGAAGCUCCGCAUGGGUAUGAUGGUGUUUGUUGCCAUGUGCUGGUUAUUAGCUCCAGGCUCAAUCGUGAUUACACUUGCUGCCACUGCCAUAGCAGCUCUGAUGUUCGUUGUGUAG